AUGUCCGAAGAACCUAAACGUAACUUCAAUUUGAAAUUUUGUACAGUCUGUGCGUCUAAUAAUAAUAGAUCUAUGGAAUCUCAUAGAGUGUUGAAAGAGGCAGGUUAUGAUGUCAGUUCAUAUGGAACAGGUUCGGCAGUUAGACUUCCUGGUUUGUCAAUAGAUAAGCCUAAUGUCUAUUCUUUCGGUACUCCAUAUAAUGAUAUAUAUAACGAUCUGUUAUCACAAUCAGCAGAUAGAUAUAAAGCCAAUGGGUUAUUACAGAUGUUAGAUCGUAAUAGAAAAUUAAAGAAAGCACCAGAAAAAUGGCAAGAGAAUAAGGGUAAGAUAUUUGAUUUUGUUUUCACUUGUGAGGAAAGGUGUUUCGAUGCAGUUUGUGAGGAUUUGAUGUUUAGAGGAGGCCAUUUGAAUAAAAUCGUACAUAUUAUAAAUAUCGAUAUUAAAGAUGAUAAUGAAAAUGCAAAGAUCGGUGCAAAAGCCAUAUUAAAAUUGGCCGACAUGUUAAGUGAAAAAAUUGAAGUAUGUUCUACACCGGCAUCUAAUGUAUAUUUUGAAGAUAUUAUAAAUAAUAUAUUGACUGAAUGGCAAAAACUUUAUCCUAAACUACCAUGUCUUUACUCGCCCGCAUUUUAUUAA